AUAACAUAUCAAUAUCUUGCCUCAGACCCUUUCAAUUUGCCAAACACAAGAAAGAAAGAAAAAGAAAAGGGAAAAAAAAAAUGAGAUCCAAGCAACAACAUAGUGUCAACUUCAAACCCUUAAUUUAUCUAUGUUUCUUCUUCCUUUUCCUCUUCCUCCUAAAGCUUGGAUCAAUCUUUUCAUCAUCAAAGAUGCAAAAUCUCCAAAGAAAAUCUUUCAAAUCUUCCUAUCCCUUCAGCACCAGCGGCAGCGAGACGUAUGAAAAGCUCCCACAAUCUCUAGCUGAGGGAAUCGUCCACUAUGCGACCGCAAACUUUACCCCACAACAAACCUUCAAAGAGCUCCAAAUAACCCUAAAAGUUCUUGAAAGAAGAUCGCCAUGCAAUUUCUUAAUAUUCGGGCUUGGGAACGACAGCUUAAUGUGGUCAAUGCUAAAUCACAAUGGAAGAACAGUGUUUUUGGAGGAAAAUCAAAAAUGGAUGGAAGAAGUAAAGAAACACAUGACAUCAAUGGAAGCAUAUCAAGUGGACUUUGAUACUUACACAGUAGGUCAAGCUGUGGAAGCUUUGCACAUUGGUCAAGAAAAUGAUUGCAAGGAAGUGACUGAUCCAAGGCUCUCAAAGUGUAAAUUGGCAAUAAAAAAUUUCCCUGAUGAGGUUUAUAACACCGAGUGGGAUGUGAUCAUGGUGGACGGACCGACCGGUUUUAGGCCGGAUUUGCCCGGAAGAAUGACGGCCAUUUACACGGCUGGAUUGAUGGCAAGAAACAGGAAAAAUGGUGAGACUGAUGUGUUUGUGCAUGAUAUUGAUAGGUGGGUCGAGAAUAAGUUCUCCAUGACUUUCCUUUGUGAGGCUUAUUGGAGGGAAGAAAUUGGGAAAAUUAGGCAUUUCACCAUUCCAAGCCACCGCGGAGUUUGGUUGCAAAGGCCCUUCUGUCCAUAGGGUUUGCAUUUCAGCCGUCCUCAUUGCUUUGUCUCACUUUUCAUGUAUUACUUGUCAAUUACUAUUAUAAAAUUAUGUUCGUUUGGAUAAUACUUGCAAUAUGGUGAAUUUAAUUCACUAAUUAUAAGUGUCAUCAAAACAACAUAACUUUGAUUUUAGUAGACAAUGAAUUUUACAUAACAUUUGCAAUUUUAUUUUAUUUUUUUUAUUUUGAAAAAAGACAUUUGCAAUUCAAAGAUAAUCAUUUCCUCG